AUGGCUGAAGAUCUGCUGCCAGGACCAACUGCCGCUAGCUGCUGCCCUAACGUUCAACUUUCACGAUCAUAUGCCCUAUCAAGUCGUCGAUUGUUAUCUCUUGAUGAAGGAGCCCGAUACUAUCCGCCGUUAUUCAGGUUGUGGGAUAUCAAAUUUUCUCAACUAGGGCGACGAGGGAGGCAAGGCAACUCGUGGUACCUCCGAUAUGGUGAAGUACUCCGUCAAUCCCGCAUGGGAACACGAGUGGAACAUGCAUCAGCGAAGGGAUACAGCCAUCAUAUUGCGAACACUUUGAAUCGAGAGCUAUGCACUCGACAGCGCCGGAAAUAG